AUGGCCGUUAGCUUGAUCAAAAAACUUCAUGUUAGAGAGUUGACAGGCCGAUUCAGUUUAAGAAAAACUGAUGCCCAAUGGAAACCAUUUUCCAAAAUACCAGGUCGCAUGUGCUACCGUCUGAAGUACUUAGUACCUUCAAGUAUUCUGGAGGAGGGCUAUGUAUUUCUGGGAUUCAGCAAAUCUGGCCAGUAUGUGCUGUCAUACUCACUUCAGGUUGAUGCUGAUACACAUUUAGCAUAUCCAGACUACACAUAUAGACUUCAGUGGUGGCUCUUCAUUCCAUGUAAAAAGCUGAAGUUGAUAUCUGAAGUGCGUCUGUUUGGAGAGGAAAAUAUCUUCCAUUCCUUGUUUAUUGCCUACUGUGAGUGGCCCGAAGACAGAACUAAAGUGACCAUUUAUGGUCAUAGCACACCACAAGGAGAGGAUGGGUGUCAGUGUUAUCUGACUGUGACCGCUGUCCCGUCUCUUGGGGAGUGUCAUGAUUGUCAGAUACAUGCACAUGUUGUGCCCAGUGUGCCAUCCAUACAGCAGUGCCUUCGUCACAGCUUCUGUGUGCACAGCAAAUUUGAGCUGGCUCCACCAUUCCCUUUCUUUUCUCCACGGGUACAGCUACGGGUGGAUGGUAUAGCAGUUCUUAAUACUGGAGAUUCCAUUGUGGCUUUACAGAUUGAUACACAACUUCCACUAAAUAGCUUUGAUACAGAGGGACGAUUGGCCAUGGAGCGGGAAGAAUUCCAGUCCAAGGCUGACCUUGAGAAGGUCAUUCUUGGAUCAGACCUGUCCAUCUUUGGAACAGUUAGCACAUAUUUCACCGAACAGGAGGAACCAGCUCAAGACAUCAGCCCCAAACACAGGAACAGUUCAGAUUCACCUCUUCCGCUGAAGGAGGAAGAGGAGAAUUUUUAUUCCGCAGACAUUUCAGAACUUAGUGACACAGAUCAAAGUGAAUCCAAAUCAACAAAGUCCAGCUGUGAUAAAUCCAGAACAGCAUGUGAAAAGUGUGUCCACGGGAUCAGUGGGAGCAACACUCGUCCGGGCUCCAACUGCGGUUGUUCCACUGUUAACAGCCAUAGACCAGCAUUAAGAGCCAAAAACAUGGGUAACAGUAACAACGAAGCUGCCCCACCUGUUAAAAUUGGAACCAGCCAUUUUCUGACUAGUCACGAAUGUCUUUCUCCCAAAUCUCCAAAGUCUCCAAAAAGCUCAGGGUUUUCAGAUUCUGCCAACAGAGUGUCGCUGGUUUUCGGACAAGCAGUUGGUCAAACGAACCCUGGAUUAAGCCAUAGCAUUGUCUCCAGUGUGGUCACCAGUAGCCAGUCGUGUGAGCGUCCAGUGGAGCUUGCCCAACUUCCAGAUAUCAUGUCUCCUCCACCACCUGUUGUUCAGGUACAAAGUCCCAGCAUUGAAAUUGGUAGCAACCGAAGUCAGACAGACACAGAGGAUGUGUCCUCCAUACGCAUGUCCUCUCAGCGCUCCUUCUUCUCCCCAAGCAGCAGUGCUGCCUCUGAUUGCCAGUCGCAAAGCUCAGAGAGUGUUAUUGUACAUACCACACACACUCGCACAGUCACUUUCUCCAUCAGAAGGUUUUCCACACACAAUCAAGAGGUUGAGGAAUCGCCAACACCUGCAGAAGAUGACUAUGAUUUGGCUUACAAAAGCAUCCUACCAGUUCAAGUUGUUUGGAAUACCAAGCCACUGAACAUAAUCAGAACAGUGCGGAGUGACAUGUCUCUGAUAACAGUUUUACAAAUGACAUUUGAUAUUGAACAUUACAUGGUGGAAGCCAUACGGCAUGAUGCAGACUGGGGCCAAAGAUAUGUUGCCUUUUGCAAUUACGAUCUUCAGAUUUUAGAUGUGUGUCCAAAUAGUCAGAGUGUCUAUGGAACUGUCUAUGCUCUUAUACAAGCCAAAGAUUCUAUGGAUAGGAGUAAAAUGAGCCGCAUGAUGGUGAAGCUUUAUCAGACACAAUUCACCUUUGUUUUCAGCUUGUGUACAGGGUUGUAUUCCACUCUUUUCAUUGAACCUUUGUCAGAAGUUGAUGAGAGAAUCCUCAUGGGGCGUGAAUGGAAAUCACCAGGGAGCAAAGAGUGUUGCCUGCUGCGCCGUCAAGCUGCAGUGCCGCAGUCCUUUUACUCCAGUGUUCAUGUUCUUUCUAAUGAAUCUGUCUUUAAAGACAAGUCUUUAGCCAUGUUGGUGGCACCGAACCAGUACACAGCCAUCUUGUUGUGA